UGACGUUUGGUCUGCUAUCGAUUUGGGUGGGCUUAUUUUUGCUAUUUGUAAAUAAAAACUAUAAUUAAGUAGUGAAUUAUAUAGAAAUGAGUUUCAAAAACCAAUGCAGAACAUGUUUGGGCAGGGAGAAGGAAAUGAGACAUGUACACGCCUUUGUAAAUAUAACCGGGGACGAAGUAAGACUGUCCGAUAUUUUAGAGAACUUUUACAACUAUAAGAUAUCAUCUGAAGACCCUUAUCCAGAAAAUAUCUGCAUCAACUGUGUUCACCAGCUUACAAUAACAUACUCGUUCAAAGCACUUAUUGAAGCCAGUGCUAAAACAUUAGCCGAUGCUUCACAACAGCUGGAAGCAACCAGCGACAAUGAUUGCGAAUAUAACUAUGAAUCUGACGAACUCAAACAGGACCUGAAAUCAAGAAGCUACAAAGAAAAGAAGAAGAAACACAAAAAAUUGCCUCCCCCACCACCUGUUGAGAAUGAAAUGAUCGUUGUUUUCUGUGUAGAAUGUAAAACUGAAUUUACGUCAAUUAAGGCCCUUACUGAACACUGCACUAGUAAUCAUCCUGUAAAGUCCGAUGUUGGAAGAGACUGUGAAUACUGCAAUGAAAAGUUUGAAGACUUUCGGUCUUUAGCUCGACACAGAAAGCUGCAUUUAAAACCUUAUUUAUGUGAAAACUGCUGGGAAGGCUUCUAUGAUGUUAAUGAUCUAAACUGCCACUCUUGCCAGCCAAAUGUUGACAAUAAAGAUAAGAAUAGAUCUGAGAGAAUAUUGCGUCAAUGUGAUCAAUGUGGCAAGUCAUAUCCUCCAGGAUACAUAAGAAUACACAUGCUUACACAUAGCAAUGAUCGUCCAUACAGCUGUAAAUACUGCCCAAAGAGGUUCAAAGUGCCUGGAGGCCUUCAUUCUCACAUACUUUGGAAUCACAAGAGAACAAGAAAUCAUAAAUGUGAAGUGUGUAAUGCAACAUUUAUAUCGUCUAGCUCACGAAGCUCUCAUAUACGUAAGAAUCACUUGAAAGAAAAGAAGUAUGGUUGUGACAGUUGUGGCAAACGGUUCUUCUCAAAAUCAGAAUUGCAACGUCACUCUUUAACACACACUGGGGUCAAAAACUUCCAUUGCCAUUUAUGUGACAAGUCAUACCAGACACGUUACGGUUUAAAUGUACACCUUAAAUCCCAUUCACAGAUGUCCAUGAAUGUCAUGAAUUUGUAACAUUAUCAAAAAUUUUGUUGAUAAUGUUGUUGGCAAUAACUAUUGGAUAGUACAAAAUUUAUUUAAUGAUCUCAUUUGAAGUUUUUGUUUGUAUGUAUUAUAUGUAUAAGUGCAAUGCAAUAAAUUACACAGGCCUGCAAAAAAAAAAUUUUUUUUUGGUGCAGCUCUUUUUGUUUAUGCGGUCGAUGAAAUGGGUAAUGGACAAUAUAUUCACAUACUUCAUUUAAACUCAUCAGCUCUAGUUUGUCGACUACCCUCAUUUUAAUUUUUUUCCCGCCUUGUUAGCAAAUAGUCAUUAUUACAUUAAUAUCGAUAAACUUUAUGUUACUAUUUUAAUAUGGCUAGUACGUCCAGAUGUUGUGUUAACGAUCCUGAUUAAUUUUGAUAAGUUUGUGGUGAAUACUAUUGAAAGAUCAGCGUCAAACCAUUAAAAACACGGAAAAUCGUUUGUAUUUUGCUCACUUUGGUAUCGAAAUUCGGCACAAAAAUUAAGUGUAGCUGCUUCAUAUUGUAUGUAAAAUAUGCGUUGAACAUCUGCGACGAUGGGAGAAAGGCACACGUAAGUUUUUGAAGCUUGGAGUGCGUAUGAUAUGGCAAAAAUAGUCAAUUUUUGCAGUUAAUUUCACAGAAUUUUCGUGGUUUAAGUACUGAAAAACUAAAAGAAGGUAGUUUUGAUGGACUUCAAAUAAGUCUAUUAAUAAAAGACACCACUAAAUUUGAGAUUUCUAUGAAUUAUGUGGAACGGCUUGCGUGGAUAUCUUUUGUACCAGUUCUACAAAAUUUCCUCGGAAAGCAUAAGGCUGAAAACUAUGUAGAGUAGUAUAGGAUGUGCUAGUUCAAUUCAAAGAUUUAAGCUGUUAUAUGGGUAUAAAAUUAAACUAUCUCAACAGUAACCCAGAUCCACUCCAACAAAAUUUAGGAGAACUAAGCGAAGAACAAGGAAAACGUUUUCACCAAGAUAUAAAAACAAUGGAGAGUAGAUACCAAGGAAGAUGGGACACUUAAAUGAUGGUCGACUACUGUUGGGGAAUCAUGCGAGAUUGCCCAAGUAAGUUUCAUUCGAAAAAAUCACUCAAAAGACAAUUUCUUGAUGUUUAAUGCUAAUAAAAAUAAAUAUUUAUUGUGAAAAUUGUUUUUCACUUAUCUCGGGAACUAGAGCUGAUAGAGAAAAACUGAUUACAUUUUCGAUAUCGCCAUGUAAGACAUACUUAAAAUCAGGUCUUAAAUCCCCGGCACCAAAAUGGCUGUAGGCCAGUGUUAUGUAACAAAGCAAUAAUGUAUCAUAAUACAGGGUGUUAGGUAAAUGGGUAUAUGAGCCGACACUAGCCCAUGUUAACAUGGUCAUAUAAAUG